ACGUUUGCCUGCUGAGUGUUUAGAGAUCAGAGACUUUGACAAGCCGAGCUCAACUCUUCCCCCAGAACUUAUGAACCUAUCUGAAAGCUCUACGCGUUACAGUAAAAACCGCUUUGGAGUUUGUCCGGAAACUUAUCGCCAUCUCCCUUCCGAUAACAUUAUAGCGGAUCGUUCUGGCACGGAGGUUUAUCAUGUAAAACAUCCGGGAUUUUUGAGAUGUGGGGUUUUAAUAUUCUCUCGGCGGACUUUUGACUUCUGGAUCUGAAGGAGAGUUGUAGUUCUGUUUUCGUGAGUUUAUACAGGUUUAAACGUCCAUCAUGAUCGGGGAUGUAAGAACGCUGUAGGAAAGGAAACGAGCCAGAUGUAACGUGUUGCUAGCGGAGAAGUGAGCUGAGCUCUUGAAUUAUUCAAGAUUUAGUGGAAUCGUGAUUUCAACAAUGCGGGAUGCGUCUGGGAAUUUCAAUCUUCUACACAAGACUUGCUCUCUAGUGGUGUUUCUAUGUUUCCUACACAUCUCUGUCACUCUCAUAUAUUAUAUGAGAAAUUCAGAUUCAAGGCAAACCUUUGUACAAAACCAGCAAAGCCCUCAGAUCCACAGGAAACUGACCGAACAGAGAGUCGCUACAGAGGAGAGCAGUCUGCCACCUGUGUCUAAUGUCACAGAGACCGAGAGAAAGCUGGAAACAUGCCCCGACAAUCCACCUCGAUUGGUGGGUCCAAUGCGGGUAGAGUUUUCUGGCCCGGUCUCCCUAGACCUGGUGAUGUCAGAGAACCCAACGUUGAAGCCCGGUGGACGGUUUAAACCCACAGACUGCAUUGCCCAGCAGAAGGUGGCAAUCAUCAUCCCCUUCAGGAACCGCGACGAACACCUGAAGUACUGGCUGUAUUAUCUACACCCCAUCCUCCAGCGCCAGCAACUGGACUACGGUGUCUACGUCAUCAACCAGGACGGCGAGGAAACGUUCAACCGCGCCAAACUGCUCAACGUUGGUUACGCUGAGGCUUUGAAGGAGUAUGACUACGAUUGUUUUGUCUUCAGUGAUGUAGACCUCAUCCCAAUGGAUGACCGCAACUUCUACAAGUGCUUCAAUCAGCCCAGGCAUCUGUCUGUAUCUAUGGACAAGUUUGGAUUCAGGUUGCCAUACGUACAGUACUUUGGUGGCGUGUCAUCCCUGAGCAAGGAACAGUAUCUGAAGAUCAACGGCUUCCCAAACAACUACUGGGGCUGGGGAGGAGAAGAUGAUGACAUAUUUAACAGGGUUGCCUCCAAAGGGAUGUCUAUAUCAAGGCCUGAUGGGAUCAUUGGAAAAUGUAGAAUGAUCCGCCAUGAUCGGGACAAACAAAAUGACCCCAAUCCACAGAGGUUUGACCGAAUAGCUCACACAAGGCAAACAAUGGCAAGGGAUGGGAUCAAUUCAUUAACAUAUAAGGUUGUUACAAUUGAGAAAGACCAGCUAUUCACCAAAAUCACAGUGGAUGUGGGAAAACCAUGAUUCCUGCGUAGAGACCAACAUAAAACUGAGAGAAACCGCAGCGCUGGCUGUCGAAACCAGAUGUGCCUUGAUAGUCAAAUGGAUCAUUUUCAAAGUGGAUUCUAUAUUUUUAAAAAGACACGCAAGUACUUAGAAAUUUUUGUUUUGCCAUCUUUGCACAUGUGAUGGUGAACACAGGGGUCUGGACUCCUUUUGCCCAGUGUAUCAGAACUGUUCGGCUGCUAAAGGAGACACACAAGGGUUUCAGGUUGUCCUCGAGGUGACGGGCCAAACUUGUUCUGUCUCAGACACUUCUGCUGAGGAAAAAGACUAUAUUUUGAGCCAUUCAAUAAAAGCAGCAAAUUAAAGUGAACUGAAUUGCUGAUGAAAAUAUCCUUGUGGUGGGACAAAGUAUGUGAGUUGCUGUGUAUGGGAUUAUUUAGUUGUGUGUUUGAAAGCGAAUAUUUAAAGGAUCGAUUUAGUUAAUCAGCAACCUAAGCAAUGCAACAAAAAAAAAUUGAAGAUGUACCAAUCAAGGGUUGUUGAUACUGGCAAACUGGCAUUUAUGGGCUGUCACAUUUUUGUUUACUUUUAUUACGAAUUGCAUCUCAUUAUCUCGUUGCUGUACCAGGUUAUUUGUACUUUACAGAGCCUUUUAAAUGAUAUCUCUCUUUGUUAGGAGUGAGAUGUCUGAAUGUAUUGGCCUGCAUGGUUUUUGAUGCGUAUUUGACCAUUAUUAUGUUUGCUGGAACACCAAAGUGGCAGCCUUGCAUCUUAAAAGACAUUAAUUUCCUCCCUUCUGUUUGGUGCAUUAUCUUUUUGAUUGCAAAUCUAUCCAAUCAAAUGCAGCAUUAUCAGGCCAAGCUUUCAGAUUUGCUCUGUUCCUUUUCAUGCUUUUCGGUCCUUUAUUGCAUUGUGAAUUUCUCAGAUCCAUGCUGGUUAUUAAGGGCACAAGAAUAUUCAAGCUCUCUACUGUAAUGAAAACAUGAAGCCAUUGAGAACUUUGCUGAAUUGACCUGUUGAUACUUGUAUCUUUUUUUUCUCUCACAUGUGCUGGUCUGCAGAAAACAGUGUUUUAUGUUAAAACCUGUCAUUGUGGAAACCAAAAAUGCCUUUCAACUCUGUCAGGGGACGAAAUGCAGACGAAGCAAAUGAAUGUAUGUCAGCUGUUUGCUCAAGUGCUUUUCAAGAUGGCGACUAACAGCCCGUACACAAUGUACAGAAUGUUUAAGUUGCGCAGCCAAAUUUUUUCCUCUGUGCCGAGCACCCCAAAAGACCCAUAGAUUUUCUUUCCAGCUAAAAAACUCUCCAAUGCCUUAUAAUAAGUCCUUUGCAGCAGGAAAGAAAACUACCUCUCCACACGGCACGCCACUCGCAAGCAGAAGGGAUUAGCAGCUAAUGCUGUCUCUCAAACCAAAUGCUUUGGCAAAUAAUCUUGGGCUUUUUUUCCUCUUAGCUCAGUUAAAGCGAGGUCUAAAUCUGUUUAGACAAUGGUCUUUGUUUGAGAGCCAGCACAUAAUUAAUUGUAUUCUUUCUUUCUUUCUUUCUUUCCAACAACUUUUUUGUUUUCUAUUUUUAAUGUUCCUCUUACUUUAGUGUAAUGCAGUGAACAAUGAACGUAAUUUGGAAUUAUGGAAAGUAAAUAAUUAAAUUGGGUUUGAUUUAACUUUACUCUGUGUGUGUUGUGAAUUGUAAUAAAAGGCAGUCAUGUGAUGCGUUUGGCCAGAGGCAGCCAUCAUGGCCUUUUCAGCAGAAAACAUUGUAACUUUCCACGCACACAAACCAUUAAAUCUUGCCUUGCCACCGAUGCGAUCUUACCUCGGAGCUAAUGGUUUAUUUCUCUAGUUAUAGUUAUAU